AUGCGAGAGGCCGACAAUUGUGCCAGUUUACGUCUUCAUCCAUUUGCAGUUGUUGGUACCAAUCCACACAAUCAACAAAAUCAGGUAGAACGCUCAUCAUUUGACUUAGUCGGGAACUAUGCGCAAAAUCAACAAAAACAGGCAGCAGGCUCAUCCUUUGACUUAGUCGGGAACUAUGCCCAUAAUCAACAAGAACAGGCAGCACGCUCAUCAUUUGACUUAGUCGGGAACUAUGCCCAUAAUCAACAAAAACAGGCAGCACGCUCAUCCUUUGGCUUAGUCGGGAACUAUGCACAUAAUGAACAAAAACAAGCAGCACGCUCAUCCUUUGGCUUAGUCGGGAACUAUGCACAUAAUGAACAAGAACAGGCCGCACCAUCAUCCAUUGGCUUAGUCGGGAACUAUGCACAUAAUCAACAAGAACACGCAGCACGCACAUCAUAU